AUGAGAAAUUACGGUCUAUUUCUUUUUACUCUCCUGCAAUUGAUCACCUUAGUCUUGAGCUGCCAUAAUGCAGAACGAGAGGCUCUUACCUUGCUCAAGAUGAGUUUUAGCGACCCUGCAAAUCGUCUUUCUUCAUGGACUGGCAAAGACUGCUGUCGUUGGAAAGGAGUGGUCUGUAACAAUGUUACAGGUUACAUAGACCAUCUUGAUCUAAGGGCUAACUCAGUGUGGAAUAUCGAUAAUCCACUAAGUUUGAUGGCAGCACCAUAUCAGUUAGAAGCCAAAAUGCUAGACCCUUGUUUGCUUGAAUUGAGGCACUUGAACAACUUGGAUUUGAGUGGCAAUGACUUUCAAAGAAGCCGAAUCCCAGAGUUCAUUGGCUCAUUCAAACAUCUAAGGUACCUUAACUUGUCUAUGGCAUCUUUUUGGGGAGUUAUACCUCCCCAACUCGGCAAUCUUACAAGACUAGAGAUACUUGAUCUUGAUAGCUCAAAUCUCUAUGGACCGCCUUUCCAUAGUGAUCUUGUUUGGAUUUCUCAACUUGUGAACUUGCGGUCUUUGGACUUGAGUGGCAUCCACCUUACUCCAACAAACAAGGCUAUGGCAACUCUCGCGAGGCUUCCUUCUUUGGUGAAGUUGCGGCUUCAAGACUGUGGACUAGGUAAGGCUCACUUAACUCAUGCUUUCCACAAUUCAACUUUGCUUUCUAGGAUACAAUUCCUCGAUCUUUCCAUGAACGUGUUAGAUAACCCUCUCCCUCGAUUUUUACUCAACAUGACCUCCUUGAAAUACCUUGACCUCUCAUUUAAUAUGUUCGAUGGCUACAUCCCUCUUUGGCUAAACAAUAUAAGAGGACUCAAAUUUCUCAGCCUCAAGGGGAAUUCGUUUAGCCACGUAGAGGGAAUGGCAAUCAUGAGAGUCAUAGGGAAUCCAUGCAAAUUCAAAGGAUUGGAUUUAUCAUAG